ACAAUGUCCCUGGAGCGAUUCUUGGCUUUGAUAUUUCCAUACAAGUUUCAGUCUUUGCCAAGAGAAGCUCGAAGCAUCGUUAUAAUGAUAUGUAUUUGGGUGGUAUCUGCUUUCCUAUCGUCUGGUCAUCUGAUGGCGGGAAGACCCAGUAAACGAUUUUAUCCGGAUUCGUGGUGUUUCGUGAAUUUUGAGUCCCAGGAUGCAACAGAUCGAGGAUUUUCCUACCUGUAUGUUUCGGUGGGACUUCUUGUACUGAUUACUACCUUUGUAACUAAUAUAAAUAUGCUUGGUCGUCUUUCUGGAACUUUUAAAGGUACACAGAAGUUUGAAUUGCUUGGCAUAGAAAUGGCAACUACUAAUUCAAUCAUUGGAUUUACAUAAUCUUCCGAGAAGAGACAAUCAACUUCGUCCGGGGAUUAUAUAAAAAGCUCACGUGCACCAUUUGCAAUUCAAGAAAAAAUGAACUGGAAUGGCAA